CAUUAACAGUUGGUCAGAUGCCUGAAAAUUUUGCUUGGACUUCUAUUGAUUAUAAUCCUGAUAACUGGGUGUGGGACCAGUUAAAUAAGUCCCCUGAGGUACUUCUCUCCACAGACCAGGAGAAUGUCUACUUCUAUACAGACCCAGUCUACCAAAGUACAGGCACUGCAGGUGAUCAGGGGAGGCAACUCGAGAGAAAAGAUGUUUGAGUGGAGGUAAACCAACAGCCAUUAUAAAUGGCACUAUCGUAACUAUUGUGUUUUAAACGUUUUGCAUGGCAUUUUGGCCUUGUAAAACAUAUCCUCACUUAGCGUCCGUUAUCAUACAGUAAUAUAUUUGAUAACAGUACUAUUUAUAAUGAAAUAAUAGAAUAACAAGGUAUACCCUGAAUGAAUCAACGGAAUUAUUCUGUGAAAAGUUUGCUUUUAAAAUCUGACAAUGUUAACGUUGAUGUAGGUGAGAAGAUACAGUGACUAAUGGAAUUGUAUAAAAUAUAUUGUAUAAAUUAUUGUUGUAGGAACAAUGGGUUUAAAUCAAAUCUUGGUAUCAUUGAACUUUUCUUCAUGUUUGUUUCAAGUUUUAUAUGAUUGCAUUCAAGGCUGGUGAUUUCAUUCUUCCAAUACAUCUGCAUUACUUUCCCCUUACAAACAUAUCUUAUAUCAACACGAGCAGUUCUUUGUGUGCUUAUUAUUUCAAUUGAGGAAAAACAGAUUCCACAACCAAGAAACAUUCAUAUUAUUUUGUCUUAUUCUGUAUGCAAUCUGUUAGAAUGCGUUUAUCAUAUCUAAUAACCUAUACAGACCUCAGAACAUAUCAGUAAAAGAUUUUGUCCAUCGUCCUGAACAUGCAUGAAAUAUUUGCCACUGGACAUGUAACAAACAUCAAUUAAUCGUCUUUGGUGUCCACAGACACAUGCUUCAUGAUCAGUUCCUAACAUCUUUUGUUGUAUGUGUUAUUGUUGGUUGUGUUUGUUUGAGGUUAUUGAAAUCAUGGUUGCUGUUAUGUGCAUGAAUUAAAGUCAGUGAUACCAAGUAUAUAAAAAAAAGUCUUAUAAAGAAAUAACAUUGGUGAAAUUAAGAACUCAAAAAAAAUGUAUGUGAGUUCAAAAUGAUUUUAAUGAUUUUAUUUCAAUGUUGUAACUAAUAAGAUGUCUUUGUUUUUCUUAACAGGUGUAAGAGGAACUAAAGGGUUUACAAAUGGAAUACAUGUAUGGGAUGUUCACUUCCUAGAGCCCCCUAAUGGUACCUCAGUAAUGGUUGGUGUUGGCACAGAGAGGGCACUAUUACACAAGGGGGACUACAGUUAUGUGGAUCUUAUAGGUAUGGAUUCACAAAGCUGGGGAUUAUCAUACAAGGGGAAGAUCUGGCACAAUGGUCAGAGUAAGAAAUUCUGCCAACCAUUCUUUGACAAGACCACCAUCAUAACUUGCCAGUUGGACUUGUACUCAGGGACUUUAGCCUUUUACUGUAAUGGUCAGAGCUUGGGUGUAGCCUUCACUGGACUGGACCAAAUUGGAGAACCUUUAUAUCCCAUUGUUAGCUCCACAGCAUCGGAAUCGGAGCUAGGCCUGGGAACCAGAGGAUGCAGGUACUUGUCUUUACAAGAAAAGUGCUUCCAGGCUAUAAAACGUCGACUGGCAUAUAAUGAGGCUUAUAAUGACUGUGUGGAUUGCCUCCCUUUGCCCAAGAUUAUGAAAUCACACUUAAGUGCUUUAUACUAACAUUGAAAUGACAGAGCAAUAACUUGAGCAUUAUGAAAUCACUCUGAAGUGCUUUGUUCUAUCAUUAAAAUGACAAGACAAUAACUCAGGCAGCUUUUUACCAUUUAAUGGUAUAUGUAUUUUAUUUGUUUUUACAAAAUGUUUUAUUUACUUUAUGUAAGUAAUAGUUUAUUUGAUACUUAUAGUAUCUACAUUUUAUGGGUAGAAUAUUUGUUCUGUAAGAAUGAGGUUUCAAAAGGAAUCAUGUGUUAAUUAUUGUUGAAUGUAUGGUGAAGUGGACAUGUGCAAUUAAUUGGUCAGGUUAUUGUUCAAUAGUGCUUUGUAGUACGAAUAAUUUAAAUGAUAAUGAUGAAUGGAUGUGUUAUUCAGUUAUUGAUAGUUUUUGUGAAUAGUACUGUUUAUACUACAUACCAAAGGUUGUAAAAUCUAUGUACUAAAUAGUGUUGACCAAUUAGAUUAGAAAUACAAAUCAUAUGUUUAAAAUGAUUCGAGUUCAAUAAUAGAUUUGUAAUUUCAAAUAAUAACUUGUGAAAAAAACAAGUAUAGAAUCAGAAUAGUGUUUUUAACCAAAGUUGAUGAGUAAAACAAAAAAAAAUGUAAUAAAUAAUUUUAUAUAUAUAUAGCAAAGAAAAGCCGCUCUUUCAUAUGGUCAUGUUAUGUUAUGGUGAUUGUACUAUACAGGUUUGAGAUAGAGAAUUAUAUGUACUAAACAACAGCUAUGAGAUGGUAAAGCUUUUUUUAUUAUUAUUAAAUGGAUGAGGAAGAUGUUUGUGUGAUUUUUUUCUGUACAGGUGUGAGUUACAGUUCAGUAUUCUGAUUGAACAUUUAACUUUAAAAAUUAAUGUUUUAUUGACAGAAAUAGCAUUUGUAUAGUUAAUUUAUACGACCAUAUUUGUUAUAAUAUUUUCUAAUUGCUUAAUUAUAAUUUUGAAUAAUAAAAUCUAUUUGUUAGA